AUGGGCUCAUUACACAAAGACUCCAACAGCCUCUUGACCGAGGAUCACCGAGGAGUCCUAGACACAAUCGACUCUCUCCGAUCCAAAGGCAUCGGCAAAUACGUUGACCUCCCUCAAAUCAUCGUAUGCGGCGAUCAGUCAUCCGGAAAGAGCUCCGUCCUCGAAGCUAUAUCGGGCCUGUCAUUCCCCACCAAGGAUGCGCUCUGCACCCGGUUUGCGACAGAGCUGGUUCUCCGUCGCAGCUCUGAGACGACCGCCAAGUUCUCCAUCCUCCCUGGUUCCGAUCGCACCGACAGCGAGAAGAAGAAGCUCUCCUCCUUCCGCCAUACCACUUCCGACCUCGACCUUGCCAAGGUCAUAGGCGAUGCCCAGGAAUUGAUGGGCCUCAACGGCAAGGACAGGGUAUUCAGUACCGACAUCCUGCGCGUCGAGCUAUCGUCUCCGACGCAGCCUCACCUCACGCUCGUCGACCUCCCCGGCCUCUUCCUCGCAGGCAACAAGACCCAAUCGCUCGAAGAUGCCAAGAUGGUUGAGCAUCUCGUCCUGUCAUACAUGGAGCAGCCCCGCAGCAUCAUCCUCGCCGUCGUCUCGGCGAAGAGCGAGUUUGCCCUCCAGCAGGUCACCCAGCGGGCUCGCGAGAAGGACCCCGACGGCCACCGCACCGUCGGACUCAUCACCAAGCCCGACACGCUGGAUGAAGGGUCCGAGAGCCAGACUUCGUACCUGGAACUCGCGCACAAUAGAGACGUCGAGUUCCGCCAUGGCUGGCACGUGGUCCGCAAUCGCGAUUUCAAAUCACGCAACUCUUCCAGGGCCGAGCGCGACGCGGCCGAAGAGGCCUUCUUCUCGAGCGGUGUCUGGUCCUCGCUGAGCCCAGCACAGCUGGGGAUCCAGUCCUUGAUCACCAAGCUCAGCAAGCUCCUGUACGAUCACACGCUGUCAAACCUCCCCGAGGUCCUCCAGGAAGUCGAUUCCGGCAUCUCCUCGUGCAGGCAGUCGCUUCAAAAGCUUGGCCAUGGCCGGGAGAGCACCAGAGACCAGAUCAUGUACCUUGUCCGCCUCAGCCAAUCCUUCAACGCACUUGUCGAUGCUUCCGCCCGAGGAGACUACUACGAUCCGUCCUUCUUCAAGGACUCCAAGUCGGAAGUCGGCUACCAGCGGCGGCUGCGUGCGCGGGUGCAGAACUGUCUCAUCGAUUUUUCCAAGGCCAUGUUCGCCAAGGGCAAGGCGGUGACGAUCGUGGACGAUCCGGAAAAGGUCAGCGAGACGUCUGAGCCCAGGCGCGUCCUUCGCCAAGACUACAUCUACGAGGUGAGCAUCGUCAUGGCGAGGAAUCGGGGCCGCGAACUCCCCGGCUCGUUCAACCCCCUCAUGAUCCAGGAGCUCUUUGCGGCGCAGUGCCAGCCCUGGAAGUCUCUCGCGCAGGAUUGUAUCGACGCCGUCCUGGAGGCAGCCCAGGAUAUCCUCCAGAGUGCCAUCGAACAUGUUGCCGAUGAGGUGACCGCGGAGCGACUACUUCUCGACGUCAUCAAGUCAUCGUUUCAGGAUAUUCGUCUUGUCGUCCAGGAGAAGCUGGACGAGCUGCUCUACCCGCACCUGGAGGGCCACCCGAUAACCUACAACAUCUAUCUGAUCAACAAGAUUCAGGAGGUGAAGCAGGACCGACACAAAGAGGGCCUCCUCAAGUCGUUCCGCGAUUGCGUCAACCUCGAUGAGAAGGAUAGAGAGGGGGCGGCAUACACUUUCACGGACAUGGAAAGGGUCUUCACAAACGUCCAGGCCUUCACCAUGCCGGACCUGGAAUAUGGCGCCUCGGAGACAGCUGUCGACUUCAUGGAGGAGUACUACAAUGUCGCCUAUCAGAAGUUCACAGACGACGUCGGCGUCCUGGCCAUAGAGCAGUGCGUCAUCAGAAGGCUCGCCUCCGUACUGUCGGCUGACAGCGUCUUGGAAAUGGAGGAGAAGAAGGUCAAUGAUCUGGCCAGCGAGAGCCCGGAGACGCUGGUGUUGCGCAAGCGUUUGACCGAAAAGCUAGAGGUUCUCGAAGCAGGAAAGAAGGCUCUGGGGGGGCUGCGCCACGUACGGUUCUGA